UUAGUGCCAUUCUUUUGGAUGAAGUUCUUCAGAUUUAUCUUCAGCUUCUUAAAAGUUAUUUAAUUUGUCUGGUAAGCAGGUGAGUGUGCAUUCAUUUUUUGUCACUGCAUGGCUGUUUUCCAUUCCCACUGCUGUAGAAUGAGAGGCACUUCAUCCUAGCCAGUGGAACUGAGGUGAAAAAAGUGUUCCAGUGAAAAGGGAGAUGAGAAGGAGAGAGCAGCCAACCAAAACUGAGGAGAAACCAAAAUCUGCUCAAUGACAGGAAGAUUAUGUGCUGAGAACUGAGAGAGAUUGUGCAGAGAGAUUGCAGAGAUUGUGUGAGAGAGAUUGUGUGCAGAGAACUGACUGCUUCAAGACAAACACAUACACUGGAUGGGGAUGCAACGACAUAGCAAAGGGUCUGAAUGUUUCAUUCGCUUGUAGUGUAUUGCAUUGGUUUUGAUAAAAUCAGUUUAUGCCUGUUUAUGGUGUCCUGGCUUCUGCUCUCUGUGUCCAGCAGGACUGUUUGGAGGUAGAUUGCUUCUUCACUGGAAAGAGCUAAAUGCAACAAGCUGUGAGAAGCUUUUUGAGUGCAAAAGGGAAAGGGCCAGCAGAAAGUCUGGCCAGGUACCAGAAGGUACUGGUCAGGCUGGGAGAAACAAGGAAUGAGUUUCUUGAAGAGAACAGACCUGCUGCCUUAUCUGUGCUAGCAGAGCAUCAUGCAUUUUCCCAAGCAUAUGAAAAGCUUGGAGGUUUGGAGGUUGUGCAGCUUCACAGGUUACACUUCAGGGACAGUAUUUCACCUGACAGAGUGCUGGAGUAACAAGUGCUUACUCCACUAUCCCUACCAGUCAUCAAGGUGUGAAGCGAGUUUGCCAGAGGCAGAUGGGCAUUUUUCCUGUUUACAGGCAGGUAGGGGAUGGGUAAAUACAGCAAGCUGCUAAGAAACCUUUAAUACAAUUCUGAGGAUGACAGAGUUGUCCCUGGCAGAUGAGAAGGCUGAGGGUCCAGCUCACAAGUUGAGUUCUCUGAAUACAGAAUUACUGUGGGGUUUCCCACCCUUGGCAAGGCCAGACAGAUAUUCCCAGAGCACUUUUUACUAAUACAGUCUUAUUUGGGCAUCUUGGGUGUUUGAAAUUCACCUUCAGGCUAGUGGUAAGAGGCAGCCCAUGGCAAGCUGUACUUUUGGGACUGGGUGGUUAUCAAAGGGGCAUUGCUAUUAUUAGGGAAACUAGAGAACCAAAGAGGGUGGCAGAGAUGAAGAAGCAUUUCUUUAGGAUUUCCCUGUGACUUGAGAGGUUUCAGAUAUGCCAGGACCAGGAACUACAAUCAAAAGAAGGGACUGUUAAAAACAGGUGUGUUUAUGUCUAGUUCCAGAGGGAAUAGGUAAGAUUAGUAUGGGGACAUGGGCUGGUGGAGAUAUGAUCAGGUGCAGGUUUUGAGGAGAUAUACCUAUAGAUGGCAGGAUGAUAAUCUUGCAUGCAGAACCGUUGGUACAGUCAGAGACAAAGGCUCAGAAAAAAAAUUCUAGGUAGACUUAAAACAUCUGUCAGACUAGUAUUUUUUCCUCCUUCCCACAGAAUUGGCCAUAAUGCAUGGAAGAGCUGGAAUUUCCCAAACCUCAUACCCUGGUUCCCCAGAAAAAUCCAAGAUCUGGACAAGUGUCACCAUCUGAUCACUAAGUAUGAUCCCAGUUUGGACCAUGGUCACCCUGGAUUUGCUGACCUGGAGUAUAAGAAACGGAGGGCAUUCUUUGCUGAUCUUGCCUUAAACUACAGAGGGGGAGACCCUUUGCCUCGCAUCGAGUACACAGCACAGGAGACUGCAACUUGGAGAGAAGUCUACAGGAAGCUGAGAAGCCUUUACCCUACUCACGCCUGUACACAGUACCUGGACGCUUUCCAGCAGCUGGAGAAGUACUGUGGCUACCAAGAAGAUAACAUACCUCAACUUCAGGAUGUCUCCAGAUUUUUAAAAGAGAGAACAGGUUUCCAGCUGAGACCAGCUGCAGGACUCCUGUCUGCUCGUGACUUCCUUGCCAGCCUGGCAUUUCGUGUCUUCCAGUGCACCCAGUAUAUAAGGCAUUUCUCUUCUCCUAUGCAUUCCCCAGAACCAGACUGCUGCCAUGAGUUACUGGGUCAUGUUCUCAUGCUAGCUGACAAGGAGUUUGCCCAGUUCUCACAGGAUAUUGGACUGGCUUCUCUUGGAUCAUCUGAAGCGGAGAUUGAGAAACUGGCCACACUCUAUUGGUUCACUGUGGAGUUUGGUCUCUGCAAGCAAAAUGGAUUGAUCAAAGCUUACGGGGCAGGGCUGCUUUCAUCUUAUGGGGAGCUUAUGUAUGCUUUGUCAAACAAGCCAGAGUACAAGCCUUUUGAUCCAGAAGUGACUGCAGUUCACCCCUAUCAAGAUCAAGCCUUCCAGCCUGUCUAUUUCAUAGCAGAAAAUUUUGAAGAUGCCAAGGUCAAGCUUCAAAACUACGCAGUGAAGAUCAAGAAGCCUUUUGCUCUGCACCACGACCCCUUCACCAACAGCAUUGAGAUUAUGAACACACCACAGAAAGUCAAGAAGGCACUCUGUCAGAUGAAAGAGCAACUAAAAAACCUCUGCUUGGCCCUUGAAAACCUCUCUUAAAACUACAGCAGCUCAUCUCACCUGUCACUGAGAUACUUGAAGGUGGUUUCAGCACUUGAAGAGUUAGUGAUGAAGUUGUAGUUGGAUGCAAAAGUCUCUAAUGUGCAAACCAGCUCAGUUUAUCUAAUCUUCUCACCAUAAAUUAUGCUGCUGACUUAUACAUAUUAGUUUUUCUGGAACUCCUGUUUCAUCCAUGCAGGCCUCCUGCCACCUUUCCUUGGCUUCCUGUCUGUCAGGAUGGAUCAUUCUUGAGCUUGGAAGAGACAAUCCUGUUUUAGGUGGUUCUCUGAUUUCUACUCUUCCCUGAAGCACAGCACUGAAAUUCAAGAGAGCUGCUGUAAUCCUACCAUUAGGAGAGAAGACCACAGAGGUGUUGGGACUCCAAGGACACUACCACGGGACUCGUUGAGUUAGCAGGCGGAAGAGAGUCAAGGAACUUGUAAGUAGCUCUGAGGUUUGCAGUUAAGAGCAGGCAGAUUAGAAGAGUUUCUUAUAUAAAAGCAUUGGUACUCUACUAUGAUAGGAACAUGAUUUCAUCCUACUUGCUUCUUUUUAUAUCCUAGAGGAAAACCAGACUGUCACAUCCCUUUGAAGGGUGCCCUUCACCCUCUAUCACGCUUCAGAGCUCCAGCAGAUUUUCACAAUCUGUUUGGCUUUUGCUGGCUGCCCAGAUCCCUAGCUGUCUCAGUCUGUAGAAUUCAGACUGUACUGUCCUUAUCAACUGGACCGCCCAGUCACCUUCUCAGCCGUGUUUAUUCCACACGGACCCUGUCCCUGCGUGUCGAACAGCUCAGCGCUAUUUAUCCUUUGCCCACAAGGUGGUAGCGCAGCAUCAGCGUUAAUGUAAAUAUGGUGCUUGGCUCAGAUCCUGCCCUGUAACCUGACAGACUCUUGCUGCGGGACAAAUACUGGCAAUUGUCUUCCUUUUCAUUAACUUUCUAAUUAAAGAACACAGUGAUAUAUUAGGCCAAAGGCAUAUACACUGGAAGAGUAAAUACUUGUGAAAAGAAAGAAGAUAUGCAGAUAUCUAUUCCAUAUCCCAAAGGACUAUGCGGAAAAAACAAGGGAUAGGGAUAAAAUGUAACCCAGCUUUGACAUUUUGACCUGUUUGCAGAACUGGGGAGGCCAGCUGUUAUCAAAUGCUGCUCAAGGGGGAUGAACUGGUCCCUAUCAUCUCACUCAAGUGACUGACUGGCUGCACAAAGUGACAUGGUAGAACUUGUCCUUUCAAGGCCCACCAGAACUCAUAUUUAUCAGCUUAUAGAAAAAUAUGUUGGUCAUCUCUUUAGUGAAAUAUGGUACCUCUUUUCUAAAGCUGAUUUAGCUGCCAGUUUUGCCCUUGACACUACUACUACUACUGGUUUCAGACAGACCCAUCUAAAACCUGCUCCCGCUUUCCACCACUCAUUGCUGCUCACCAUACCUGGCAGCAUGACUAUGACAGAUUGGGAAACUACCUUCCCAUUAUUAUUCUCUCCCUUACAUACUGCUUUUCUUCAACCAGAUUUCAGAGGUAUGGUUCAAAAUGCAGACUCAUGAACAGUUGGGCUGUCACCAUCAAGAAGGCAUUGUGCUUGUAGCAGAGGGUUAGGAGUGAGAAGGAACACAUUAAACCAGAGUUAAGCCCAUGGACCCAUUUUAUCUUGGACCUGUGCUUAGUUCACCAUGGAGAAUAAACUGUCCUGCCAGAGUUAGUGUCUUAUCUUUCAGUCUGUUGUACCAAAUGAGGUAAAAUUUCCUUUAAAACGUGUAAUUCAACUUAAGGUUAAGGAGAUAAAAACUUAGAAAGUUACUUAAUAACAAAAUAUUUCCUAAUUUUCAUAUCAUUAUUAAAAUAAAGGUAAGCUAAUGAACACCUCAUCAGGAUUCAUACAUGCUCAAAUCCUUUUCGUAGUAUUAGGCCACAAAAUAAAAGUCAGUAUUAAGAGUUAUUUUUAGUAGUCAUUCUUUUGUUCAAUAGCAAAUCAGAGCAUACAUAUAAACCCUUUCAGCUGACAUCCUACCCCCAGUGAAUUGUGCUCAGUCCUGGGGUAUGCAACCUAAUCAGGUAGUGACUUUUGCUGGAGAGGAAGAGGUAGGAAGAGAGCUUUAUCUCCUAAUUAGUGUAGUCUCAAUCCUCAUAUCACAUAAUAGUUAGGGCUGAUUAAUUGGGGCACUCUCUAGACAGCCUAAAUUGAUACCUUUUUCAGCAGGUUACCAAACAAAGUGGCUCUAGCCUCAAAGCCAGGUUGCUAGGCUUCUUACACAGGGCUGGAAGGAUAUUGUGUAUUAGUGUCAAAGAGAUCAAAAGAAGGUUUUCAACCUAGUUGGUACCAGAACCUAGUACUGGAACAAAAUUCCCUUGUUUGAGUUUAUUUACCAGUAAUUCUAGGUGGUCUCCCAUCAAAGUGCUGGAAAGUCCUCCUUAGAGUCAUAGUGACAGCCCACAAUCCUUACAACCAAGACAAAAUGUUGCACAAAUUAUGCAGGCUCGUAGUUCCCAAGAGCAUUACUACAUACCAUGGGUCUGACUACAAUUCUUCAUCUGUUACUGUAACUGUAGUAGGAGGCCUUUAUUUAUGUCAGAGUACCCUUAUAGCCUGCUGAUAAAGUAUUAUGAAGUAUUCCAGGGAAUGGACAUAGCUGUCUCCAAGAAAUGGAACUGCUGUUCCAGUCUAGUGAAACUAUCCAGUUGAGUGAAAAUCCUUGUACUGAUAAAAACAGUUUUGUCAGUAUGCUCAUGCCACUGUUGGAGAUCUCACGCUCUUGACAGAUAGAGCCUGGCAGGAAUUUGGAGCGUAGAUGGGGCCUAGAUCAAAUGAACAAUUUGGAGUUAGAAUCAUAUAGCAAUGAUCAUUUCAAAAUGCUUUUAUUUACAGAAACCCUCAACUGAAAUAAAGUCUCUUAACAGGAGGUCUUGAUUACUUUUCCAUUUCCAAACCACACAUCAUAAUGGGGAUGGAAUGUGGUUACCAUAAAUUGUUGGUUUACAAAUCAUCACUGACUUGUUAGCAACGGCUAGGAUGUUAGAGUUAGAGCAACAGUUUGGAUGUGAUAAAAUAGCAAGAGCCCAUUUUUCAUGGCGUCGUUGGAAUGAAUAUAAAUGAAUUCUUCCCAGAGAUUCAUUGUGGUGGUUGUGGUAAAUAACAAACUGCAUAUUUCCUGCUGAUGUUGAAAUCAAUGGGAGUUUUAUUAUUGGCAUGAAGAGAGGCAAGAUUUGACCUUAAUAGAAAAGAGAAGAGGAAAAGAGAAAAAUAUGAGGAAAAGAGAUUGAGAGUUCUAAAAUGACUAGAGAUACAGUUGCCUGGGUGGAGGUACCUCAAAAGGAGUCUGAAAAGCAGAAAACUGGGGCCUCUUUUCAUUUGGAUUGUCUUCCAAAUUUUCUUAUGAGUUCUCGGUUUGUGAACAUUGAAACUGAGAAAUAACCAAUACUAGUCACUGCUGAAAAUGCAGAUUUUCAAAUUUUCCUUUUUCUUGGAAAUGCUUCUGCCUCUCUAAUGGCACUGAAGGGUUCUCUUUUUGGGUUUUGGAUGAAGCCUAUAAAAAUCAGCAAAGGCAUUCUUUCAGGCAAGCCAGCACAAACUUUCUUCCAUACUUAUAUUUGUGUCAUGACAUAGAUCACUAUCAGACAUUUAACCUUGCUCAAGCAAAAUCCACAUCUGUUAAUAGACAGAAUCAGCAACCCUGCCUCUGUCAUCCAAGUAAAUCUUUACAAGGGAAAUUCUGCAUUAGAAAUUGGGAAACUAAGAUCUAGUCAAAAGAAGUCACUACACUUACUUAACUGAACGACUUAACUACACAAUUUAUGUAUUUCUCCUCAAGUACUUUAUAAAAAUAGACUAAACCAAACAAAAUAACAAUAUAUGCAUUCUUACCACACAGAACAACACAUCACAAGCUUACUUCCUUUAUCACAUGUAUUCAAAGCACACACCAAGGUCACAAUUCCUAAAUAUAAUUGUUUAAAUAUUUAAAAGAACAAAACCUGGUCCUCUAAAGUUAACAGUAAAAUUUUCAAUGACUUCACAGAGACCAGAAUAGAUAAUUAGCUGAGUAAAUUAACUAUCAGUGGUGCUAGGUUGAUCUGUAUUAGCUAAACAUUUAGUACUUGCCCACUUAGAUUUGAACAAAACAAACACAUAAGCAUCCUUCCCAAAGUUCAGAUGCCCUUAAAAAUAACUAGUGGGGGUUGUCACUAAAUAUACAAAGAGCAAAUCCAAACAAUAACUCUUCUGCCCAAAAGAAGCAUUUGUCCAUUUAAUUGAUGUUCUAUCCUUCAGUACCCACAAACCACGUCCUGGAAUACAAGUCUAUACCCAAGGACUCUGAUCCUUAACAUUCACAUUGUCAUGAAACAAUGCAAAGCAGGAUCAAUUUAACCUUUGCUAACAAAAGACUAAAAUUGCAAUAUACAUUAAAAGGACUCCAAAACAUGGAGAGAGAGAAACCAAGUCCAAAGUCACCACAGUUUGGGUUUUUUUAAGGUAAAGGGUUAAUGGAGUUCGUUAAUUCCUGUCUGACAGCAUUUUUUUGUUAUCUAUGCAAAAUUCUCACUAGUUGCAAGACAGUCCUUUAAAUAGCAUAUGCUGUCCCAUUCAUAUGAGGAAGGUUUGUAAAAGAAAGUUGUGUCUAAUAAAUGUCAUUUUUUCUUAACAGAAUCAGACAUUGUUGAACUCUAAUAUGUAAGAGCAGAUGAUCCAACUGAGAUUAUCACAGGAAAUCCAAGAGGAAUUUAAUCCAGUCCUUUGAACUUUCAAUAAGAUUACUUAACUGUGAAGUACACAAGGAACUAUGUUGACUAUUGUCAUAUUUGGCUAAAGACCCCUCUUUUACCAGAGCAUUCUCUAGAAAAUGAUCCUUUAUCCCCAAAGGGUUUCUGAUGUUGCUUGAAACAGACAGCAAACACAGUUGAGACUGAUUUUGAAGGAAGUUCUCUUCUUGAAGGAAAUGCUGUGUUCUAGAAAAUCCUAACCUGUCAAAAAAUUUCCCCUCUCCAGAUAAAAGCUCAUUAGUGCUUUUCAAAAGGUGCACUUAAAUUUAUUAGCUCCAUUUUUGUCUUUUGCCUGGACAACUUAUCCCAAAUCUAAUCACUGGAGUAUGCAAGGUCUCUGCUGAAGAGGUAGCCAUUGCCCAUUUCACUCAUGUAAUAAAUUUGUUUUUCAUUCCUCCAGAGUGGAACAGAGGUCUCGGGAUAAAAAUAGCAAAAUACAUGCAUUUCACAACAGAACAACUUUACUUCAUCAGUGCACUGUUCUAUGGAGGAUUUCAGAAAGAUGCACUUCAGUUUCACUGCUUUCCCCUGACAACUGGGAUAUUCAAAAGGGAAGCAUUCAAAGUGGUAUCUUGGAGGUGUGUGGUCUCCUUUUUUUGGAAAUGGAUUUGAUUACACUAGUUUGAAUUAAUUACUGUGACUAUUUAAACUCUGAAUAAGUCUGGACUAUGGUUUUACUAGGUGGUACAAUUUCCCAGACUCAAAAUGAAUAAAGGUACUGCUAUUAGAAGAAUUUCAAAAUGUUUCAACAUUUCUCUACGUGGCAAUGUAAACUUAUCUAACCUAAACUGCCAUGCUUGCACACUGGUAGCUGACUCACAGUGCCAGCAAGGAGCUUAGUAAGGGCUAAUUUGCCCAUCUUGGGAGAGUUCUGCAGCCUCUGCUGAAUUUCCUACUCCCAUGACCAGACUCGCCCUGCUGGCACACAUAUGCAGCUGGAGGCCAAGUCUGCCACCUCCACGUUUCAGUGGAAUCACAGCUCACUCAAAACUCACUCUUAAGAUGUCCUAGUACAUGCCAUAGUAAUACCCUAAUAAAGUACUUGCCUGACCUACAUCAGUUUUGAUUAAGAGCAGAACAACCCAAAAAGCAGACUUGACACUCCAGAAAUUAUGGACCAGAAUGUUUAGAAGUUGUGCAGACCUCUAAUAGCAGAUCAAGUUGUCUUUAAGUGUACUAAAAUUCAGGCAUAACAAAGUAAUUUUCUCCAUCAAGAUGUUUAGGUCCAGUUUGUCCUAAUUCUUUACUUUUCAUAUGUUUAUUUACCAGUAACUGAACAGUUCAGAUAAUGACAUUAUUUCAGAAUUAUCCACAUGCACUUCCACAUCCUUUUUUUCUUUGGACUCAAUUCUAGGUUAGAGAACUUUCACAUUUCAGCAUUCUGAGGCUUAAGAGAAAUGUCUAAGUGCUUCCCUAAAAGCCACAGUUAAUGCAGGGAGCUACUCACAAUCAAGCAGUAGGCUGGGAGGAGAGUUCAUUGAGACCUCAUGUUUGGGAUAUGCCCAGAGAGGCACUGACAGAGGGGUCUUCUUAGCCAGCACAAUCCUAAGAAUGCCCAAGAAGCUGACAGACUCUGUAGAAACCCCUGUGGAGAUCAGAAGAUGCUUCAAACUGAGCGCUUCUUACAUCCUGCUUGAUGGAUAUAAUAGCAAAUGUUCAGGCAUCUGGUAGCCUUUGGCUAUGUGCUUCCAAAAGAGUGUGUAGUGCUGCAUUCUGGUUAAAGAGCACAAAGGCUGCUGGGUCUGUGGUUUAUAAACAAUGCACAAGCCAGAAUAUGGUAUUUAGUAAACUGAUUUGCUUCUAACCUAUGUAGACAUUGUUACUGAUAUUUAAAUUAUAAACCCACCACCAGCAUAACUUUCCAAGCUGAGUCCAAAAUACCUAUCCUUGCCAGGGACAACAAAGUAACCCAAAUUUGGAGUUUCUCGGUCAAGAUAGUUUUGAGUCAUGACAUUUCUUUAAAAUAAGUAUCAGGAAAUUGUCCAAAAUGUGAGAUCACCCCAGUUUUAAAAAAUAUCUUUCUAUCUCCCAAAUAUUUUGCCUUGUAUCAGUCACAUUUUCCUGGAAAAUUGUAGUCUGACAUAGAAGUUUGCCUGUGCAAUUUCAGGUGGAUUAAUUUCAGCUUGAAAAAGUCAGUUUGGGGUUCAAAAUCAGCCUGAUAACGGAAGAUCUUGCAUCAAACUAAGUUAUGGAAGAAAGAGCAUCUUCAUUUUGUGUUUUCUCUCAGCCAGCUCACAAUAAGCUGUGCCUCUGUGACUGAACAUCUGAGCCAAAAAACCAGAAAGACAAAAGCCAAACAAAAAGACAAGAAGCAGAGACAGCAAAGAAGACUGAGAAAAGAAAAAAAAUCUACCUCUCAUACAAACCUUGCUCUGAAAGCUCAAAAAUAAGAACUCUGUAACACUCAGUUUCAACAUUACAAGACAGCAGAAGCAGUAGAGAUGGCAAAGCACCAUAACCUGACCUACAGUCAAGAAAAGCUAAUGAAGAAAAGAUGGGAAAUAUAUGGGAAGCUUGUCACUUUAAAAGAAAAAGUAAUUUUUAACACUGACAGUAUGCAAACCAAUAAAAUACUCAGAUGUUGGACCAGGUCCAUAUCAAAGUAACUCAACCUAUAAUUACAUGAGAAUGAAAAAACAUCAAAACACAAUAAUAAAGAUACUGUGGAGUGCUUUGUCUUUUGUGAAGCAAGCCCAUUCAUACCACCAAAUAAGGAAAAAAAAAGUUUAAUAGGAGUUUGGCAUAACGAUUACAAAGAGGGAACCAUAAUGGAUGGGAAUGGGCAGCAGCAGGAAGGAGAUAAGUAAAAAGGCUGAAAUUAACAGCAGUAAUGAGUGAAAAAAGUGAGGGAGCCCUGCACUAUACACACAUUUGAG